UCCCUUUAUGAUUUUUGUUUUCUAUUUUAAACAGUACUUUCUCUACAACAGAAGAAUCUGAAAAAGACACCUGCAGCCUUCUCGGUGAAUAUUUGAGAAUUGUUGCUAACAUAGGGUUAUGUCCUCCUUCAUCUUUGUUGCAUAUUUUAUCCAAAGUAUAAGUCUCAGCUAAAAAGAAAACAGAAUUCUACAAAGUAUGAAAUCAAAGGUACCAUCAUUUCAAAUUUUACCUCAGGGUGUUCGCAGCCUUUGCCACGCCGCCGCCGCCGCACUCCAACGCCAGCGCUGCCUAUCGCUUGCUGAGCUCCAGCUGAAGGAGAAGGGGGGUAAAUAAGGAGGUGCCCACGCCAUGCCUCAUACAAAGCAGUCUGUCCGCAAAUCCACCGGUGGUAAAGCACCCAGGAAACAACUGGCUACAAAAGCCGCUCCCAAGAGUGCGCUCUCUACUGGAGGGGUGAAGAAACCUCAUCGUUACAGGCCUGGUACCGGGGCACUCGGUGAAACCAGAUGCUAUCAGAAGUUCACUGAACUUCUGAUUUGCGAGCUCCCCUUUCAGCGUCUGGUGCGAGAAAUUGCUCAGGACUUCAAAACAGACCUGCGCUUCCAGAGUGCAGCUACUGAUGUUUUGCAGGAGGCAAGUGAGGCCUAUCUGGUUGGCCAUUCUGAAGAUACCAACCUGUGUGUUAUCCAUGCCAAACAUGUAACAAUUAUGUCAAAAGAUAUCCAGCUAGCACACCACAUACGUGGAGAACAUGCUUAA